AUGGACUAUAUGCGGGCGUACACCUAUUACAAGCAGUCGCCCAAGGUAGAACUGGAUCAAACCAAUACUACCAAAACAAUGGGCUUUAUGCAGACUUUUAUCAACACCCAUCCCGGGUCUGCCAGGAACAAGGAGGCUUCGGAGAUUAUUGAUAAAUGCCGUGUAAAGAUGGAACUGAAGGAGUUGAAAAGUGCAGAAUUGUAUCUCAAUCUCGGUCAGUACAAAGCAGCCGCCAUAGCGUUUGCCAACCUGAUGAAUAAUUUUCCGGACUCAGACAAAGGCGACCAGUAUAAACUGCAGAUUAUUAAGUCUUACUAUGAAUAUGCGGCGCUGAGUAUUGAUGACAAGAAGGAGGAGCGGUUUGAGCAGGAAGAGCUGCACAAUAAACUGGAAGAAUUUGCCAGCCAUACAGACAGCCUGGAAGAGAUUCAUGAAAACAAAGAGCAGAUUGAGAUAUCCAAAGCGUAUGAGCGCAUGCCCAAUCCUGCUUUGCUGGCUACCCAGGAGUUUAUGGAAGACAAAAUCUACCACCGCAGAAAUGAAGACAAUCUUUUCAGUUAG